GGCUCGCUGUGGGCCAGUCAUACACGCUUGCAUUGGCAAGCUCUUGAUGGUCCCAACGCAACACAAGACGCGUUACCUUCUACAGCCUUUGAAGUUUCUUAUUUCGCUCACUUUAUAGAUAGCGCUGUAGGUGGCACUAGCAAGUGGAACGUGUGACAGGCAACUUUUGCUGUUUGUCAACAACUUUCCGCGGGCUUGAGCUUAUACUGGUGUUAAGCCCAUUCGCGUGAUACAACACUCUUGAUAAGAGCGAAUGGGGGAGGCAAGCGGUGGCGCGAAAGGCCCCGCCAAAGGCCAUGAUGCGGAGUCUGCUGUUGGAGUGGAGAUGGAGUACAAGCCUAAGCUCGGCGAGACUUGGCGAUACCCGCAGCCGCGCUGGUGGUCCAGGAUUCUGUUCCUGGACACGGACUCGCUCAUCUGGCUGGGCUACCGCACCCGCCUGGAGCCGGAGCACAUGUACGCCGACCCCGGCGUGUCCACACAACUGCUCAUCAACAACCUGGACAGCUCCUGGCAGGAGCAGCUCAAGCUGCCCAAGCCCGACCUGAAGCGGGCGCUGCUGCGCGGGAACGUGGGCGGGCUGGUCAUCACAGGCAUCCUGUACGGCGUGGCGCAGGCGUGCUCGCUUGCUGGGCCGCUGCUGCUGCGGCGCAUUGUGCAGGGGCUGCAGUGCCAGAGCAUCCUGCGCAAGAUGCCGGCGGAGGUGGCGGCGGCAUCGGGCAUGACCUGCGAGCCCACCAGCAAGCUCUACUUCUACAUCAUCGGCCUGUUCCUGGCGCCCGCCAUCCAGUCGCUGUGCGAGAACCAGCAGCAGUACCUGCUGUACCGGCUGGGCACCCGCAUGCGUAACGCGCUCAUGGCUGCAAUCUACCGCAAGUGCCUGCGCCUGAGCAACGCGGCGAUCCAGGCGGAGAGCACGGGCAAAGUGGUGACGCUGAUGAGUAACGACGCACAGAAGCUGCAGGACGCAAUGUUCGCCAUCCACGCCAUGUGGGGCAGCCCCUGCUACAUCGUCGCCGUGCUGGUCCUGCUGUGGUUUGAGGUGGGCUGGGCCACGUUUGUGGGCCUGGGCGUUAUGCUGGUGAUGGUGCCGCUCACCGGCAAGCUGGCCAUGAAGCUGGGCAUGCUGCGCCGCGAGCUGAUCGGCUGGACGGACAAGCGCGUGGGCCGCAUGAACGAACUCAUCAACGGCAUCCAGAUGAUCAAGUUUUAUGCCUGGGAGGAGAGCUUCCGUGCUGCUGUGAUGGCGGCGCGUAACCAGGAGGCACGGAUCCUGCGCCGCACCGCGCUGUGGCAGGGCUUCUUCGGCCUGCUGCUGUUCUACGGCCCCGUGGCUGUAGCACUGUUCGUGUUCGGCAGCUACAGCCUGGCGGGCCAGGCGCUCUCGCCCGCGCACGCCUACACCGCCCUCGCGCUGUUCUCGCUGCUGCGCUUCCCCAUGUCCUUCCUGCCCAUGCUUGUGACCAUGGUCGUGAACGCGCUGGUGGCGAUCAAGCGUAUCGGCGACUUCCUCACGAGGCAGGAGGCGGCGCUGGAGCCGUGGAAUAUGGAGACCACGCCGGUGGGUGUGGUGCGCAUCAAGGACGGCUGCUUCUCUUGGGACACGGCUGCCAAUGCCGGUCAGGACACGGCUGGCAAGGAGGCCCAGCAGCAGCAGAAGGAGCAGCCGACCGCCGCAACAGCCGCCGCAACCGCGAACCCGCUUGCCGACGGAAAGGCGGCGCAGGCGGCGCCCGCUGACGGCAAGCCCCACACCGACGCUAGCAGCGCCGCCUCUUCUGAGGGCAAUGCCUCUGCCGACGUGGCCGCCGCCGUCACCACUGCCGCGCCCGAUGCCAAGCCCGCGUCAGACACGCGCAUGACGCUCACUGACAUCAACCUGGAGGCCAGGCCGGGCACCCUCACCAUGAUUGUGGGCGGCGUGGGCUGCGGCAAGUCCAGCCUGCUGAGCUCGCUGAUUGGCCACAUCAGUCGGCUGUCGGGCAGCGUGGAGGUGGGCGGCCGCAUCGCCUACGUGGCGCAGUCGGCCUGGAUCAUGAACGCCACGUUGCAGGAGAACGUGCUGAUGGGCAACCCCAUGGAUGCCGAGCGCUACCGCGCGGCCCUGGAGGCGGCGCAGCUAGGGCCCGACCUGGCCAUCCUGCCCAACGGCGACCUGACGGAGAUCGGCGACCGCGGCAUCACACUGUCGGGCGGCCAGAAGCAGCGCGUGUCCAUCGCCCGCGCCAUCUACGACAACGCUGACGUGUACCUGCUGGAUGACCCGCUGAGUGCGGUGGACUCGCACGUGGGCCGCGCGCUGUUCGAGCAAGUCAUCCGCGGCCCCGUGCUGCGCUCCAAGACGGUGCUGCUGGUCACCAACGCGCUGCAGUACCUGCCGCAGUCCGACCACGUGGUGUGGCUGGAGGGCGGCCACAUCCGCGCGGAGGGCACCUUCAGCCAGCUGCAGGAGCAGGGCCUGAACAUUGCGGAGCUGGUGCACCAUGCGGAGGACGAGGAGGAGGCGAAGAAGGAGAAGGAGGACGAGGAGGCCGCCAACCGCAAGGACCCGGCCAAGGCCGCCGCGGCUGCGACCAAGGACGCCAAGACCGCGGCCGACAAGGUGGCUGCGGGCAAGGCGAUGGACAACAAGGUGACGCUGACGCGCCAGGCCACUGACGCCAACCGCAACCUGACGGGCAUCGAGGUCCGCGAGUCGGGCUCCAUCAGCGCGUCCGUCAUCAAGCUCUACUUCUUUGCGGGUGGAGGCUGGAUCUACAUGAUUCCGCUGGUGUUCUUGUUCGCGCUGGAGCAGGGCUCUCGCGUUUACACGGACACGUGGGUGGGCAACUGGUUCGGCGACAAGUACGGCGAGACGCUGGGUUUCUACCUGGGCAUCUACUUCAUGCUGGGUGUGGUGUACGGCCUCGCGACCUUCCUGCGCUCCACAACCUUCCUGUUCUUCUGCGUGCGCUCCGCCGUGUCGGUCCACAACCAGCUGCUGGACCACAUCCUGGCGCUGCCCAAGUCCUUCUUCGACACCAACCCGUCGGGCCGCAUCCUGAACCGCUUCAGUCGUGACACUGACAUCAUGGACGCAACCCUGCCCGCGUCGCUCAUCCAGUUCGUUGGCGCCGUCAUGACGUACAUCUCGAUUCUCAUCGUGAUCGCCAUCGCGACCAAGUGGUUUGCCAUCGCACUGCCGCCGCUCACUAUCAUCUACUUCUUCAUUCAGCGCUACUACAUUCCCUCGGCGCGUGAGCUUCAGCGCAUCGAGUCCGUGAGCCGCUCGCCCAUUUACUCGCGAUUCGCCGAGGCCCUGGCCGGUGUGGCCACCAUCCGGGCUUACCGCGCCGAGUCCCACUUCACCGCUGCCAGCGAUGUGCUGAUGGAGCGCAACGCACACGCCUUCGUGACCCAGAAGCUGGCUGCAGGCUGGCUGGCGUGCCGCCUGGACAUGCUCGGCCUGACGGUGCUGACGCUGUGUGGCGCCCUGGUGAUUCAGGGCGGCAUUGACCCUGGCAUGGCCGGCCUGGCGCUGGUGUAUGCGCUGGACCUGACCCGCUUCCUCAAGCACGGCACCAACAUGGCCUCCAAGUCCGAGGCGGACUUCAACUCGGUGGAGCGCAUCGCGCAGUAUCUGGAGCCGGAGCAGGAGGCGCGGCCCGACACGCCGCCCGAGGUGGCAGCCACGUUGCCGGCGGAGUGGCCCGAGCACGGCCAGAUUGUGGUGCAGGACCUGCAGCUGCGGUACCGGCCCGAGAUGCCGCUGGUGCUGCGCGGCAUUAGCUUCACGGUGGAGGCCAGCGAGAAGGUUGGCCUGGUGGGCCGCACCGGCAGCGGCAAGUCCAGCCUGCUGCUGGCGCUGUUCCGCAUGGUGGAGCCUGCCGGCGGCCGCAUCCUCAUCGACGGCGUGGACAUCUGCACGCUGGGCCUUCGCCACCUGCGCAGCCGCAUGUCCAUCAUCCCGCAGGAUCCCUUCAUGUUCAACGGCACCGUGCGCCACAACCUGGACCCCUUCGACACCGCCCAGGACCACGAGCUCUGGCAGGCCAUCGACGCGGUGGGCCUGCGCUCUGCCAUCUAUGCGCUGGGCGUGGAGAAGAAGGCGGAGGAGGGCAAGGCCGGUCCGGGCGGUCCCGGCGGCCCCGGGGGCCGCAAGCCGCCGUCCCGGCGCCCCAGCAAGAAGCAGAUUGCUGCGGAGGAGGCUCAUGCCGCGCAGGAGGCUGCGGCUGCCAAGGAGGUGGCGGAGCGCAAGGCGUCCAGCGGCGGCGAUGUGGUGGUGGACGUGGAGGCUCAGAAGAAGCGCGCGCUGGACGCCAAGGUGGUCGACGGCGGCGCCAACUUCUCACUGGGGCAGCGCCAGCUGUUCUGCCUGGCCCGCGCCAUGCUUCGCAAGUCUCGCAUCCUGAUGCUGGACGAGGCGACCGCCAGUGUGGACGUGGACACCGACAGCCAGAUCCAGGGCGCACUGCGGCUGCAGUUCGGCGAGUGCACCUGCCUCACCAUCGCGCACCGCCUCAACACCAUCAUGGAUGCGGACCGUGUGGUGGUGCUGGACGCGGGCAAGGUGGUGGAGAACGGCGAGCCCGCGGCGCUCCUGGCCAAGGAGGAGGGCGUGUUCACGGGUAUGGUGGACCAGACCGGCCGCGCGUCGUCGCGCUACCUGAAGAACAUGGCGCGCACCGCCUCCGCCGUGCGCGCCGAGGUGGCGGCCUCGGGCUCCCCCAAGGCACACGCCGUGGAGCGCAUCCGCUCGCUGUUCCACACCAACGCCUCCUUCGCGGCGCGCAGCGGGCCGUCCGGCGUGCCCUACGUGCCCUCCAAGAGCCGGCUGGCGGACAUGGUUCCCGAGGGCGAUGUGGUGGGGGCUGGCAGUGGCGCCGCCACGCCGCAGCGCAUGGCCACCUCGGAGCUGCAGGUGGCUGACCAGGACGCCAAGAGCACCAGCGCCAAGGAGUAGACUUUUAUUUGCUUCAUGCGCGCGCAUAGCGUCCGGGGAUGCGUGCGUAAGGGACCGUGGGGUCGAUGUGACACGGUAGAUGACAAGUGUUCCCCGGUCACGGGAAAAGGGGCUGAGCCCCUCCACAGUCUGGGGCCAAUGACACACGGUAGAUGAAAAUUUAAUGCAUUUCUCCGGCUCCAUUAGUAGAAUCCGUGAGCGGGAUUGUGUGAAGAAGAGAGGGCGGUUGAGUGUGGGCUCCGCCGCCACAGUUUUGAUGGCUGUAGGAUGGCAUUCUUUCGCAAAGUAUCCGCGAGUCGGGUCGGCGCGAUCCGGGGUUGUUGUGAGGCAGAUGAGUGGAGGGAGAGAUGGGGGUCACUAGGGUUGGCAUAUUCUGUGGUUUCCUGGUGUGGAUGGGUUUCAAGAGCGACAGGUUUGAGGAGGGCAGAUACUGCGAGUGUCGGCGCAAAGCCCACGACUGCCUGGAGAAUGACGUUUCGGCUUCUUGCCUUUUCAUCCGCUGUUCGAGUUGCCGCUUUCGCUGUAUGUGUUGGUGUCCGGUGGUGUGUGUCGUGUUGCAUUGUCGUGCCGCAAUGUCGGUUCCGAGUUUCGACGUGGAUGAGUGCACUAGGUAAGCAGACGUGUAAACGGCCAAGCCC